UUUUUCUAUAGUUCUAACAAAUACGUGGAGCCCCUUAAAGCUUCUACUUUAUAUUAUCUAACCUUCUUCUGCUUCAUCUCCGAUCCUUCCUCACUGAUAUAUCAAAAGAUCGCAUUUUGUUGCAGCGACUGUUUUUACAGAAAAUGGGCAUUAGAAAGAUCAAAGAAGGGAAUUCAGUUGUGGAAGAAAGCCAUGAUCCAUUUCUCUCUAUGUUUUGUGAUGGGGUUCUUCACAGGCUUUGCUCCAACAGGUAAAUCUUCUUUCGUUUCAACACAAGCAGCUUCUGCCUCUAAUGGGAUACAAUUUGCACCGCAAGCCAUUGAAAUGUCACACGACCAGACAACAAAUGUCAAUAGAAGCUUGAUAUCUCCAAGUUCUAGGGUCCCCAAACACAAGACAGGGUCAUAUGUACGAGAAGAGCUUGGUUUGAAGCCUGGAAGACACGUAAUCAUUGUCACACCAACGAGCAGCAAAAUUCCAUUUCAAGAAGUGUUGUUGAGGAGGCUGGCGAAUACUAUAAAGUUGGUUCCUCAGCCAUUGUUGUGGAUUGUUGUGGAACCACCGACGGAGUCCACAGAACUGUCGGAGAUACUAAGGAAACAGGAAUCAUGUACAGACAUUUGGUGUCCAAGAAAACUUCACAGGCCUGGAAGCUGAGCUGA